AAUACCAAAGGCAAAGGUGCCAUCUUGCAUUCAGAGUUUUGUGUUGCUCAUUCCCAUGUGGGGGUCUACAAGAAUAGUCUGAAAUGCUUUAAUGAUGAAAAACACAUUAUUUUCAUAUACUGUACAAUGCUACAGCACUGCGUUUCACCCGGUUUCUGAAACACUCCAUUUCAGCUCCUGUCUCUCUCAGGCCUCCUUCCCAAAAAGCCCAGUCUGCUCUGACUGGUCUGACCAAACAGCCUGAGCAGGGGAAGGUAACGCUACACUUAGAUUUCCUCAUACAGUGCACUUCCGGAUAACAACAAAAAACCUGAUUGACUGCUACAGGUACAGAUUUUUGUUGUCUCUUACCACAGUGCUAUCAAGAUAGUUAACUGAACACCUCAACCUUCAAAUGUGCAGCACAGGACAAAAGAAGACAAAAUGAGUUAGUGUACCCGUCUGCACUGUCAAAUCUGAUGUAAUAUAGACUGCAAGGAAGGCUGUCAAUCUUCUUGGCAGGAAUUUUUGGUGACAAUGUCUGCAACCAGAGGCAAAAAGAGAAGAGCAGUCACGAGCUACUGUGACUGGAUGUCCCAACUACCACCUGAACUUCACAACAUUCCUCUCUUUAAUCUGGCCAUUCCAGGUAGCCAUGACUCAAUGAGCUAUGACUUGGACAUCAACUCUCAUAUAAUAGAGCCUGAUAUACUGAGAAGAUUCAGCAAGAUUUAUUGUGCACGUAAAAUCGUGCGCAGAUGGGCGCUCACUCAGGAGGAGACCAUCACGAAGCAACUGGAUGCAGGAGUUCGCUACUUUGACCUGAGGAUUGCUCGAAAGCGGAAUGAAACCGACCCCACAAGGCUUUACUUUUAUCAUGGGCUGUGCACACACACUGACGUGGAGACUGUCCUCAGGGUCGUACAUGACUGGGCUGAGAGGCACCCUAAAGAGAUCCUCAUUCUGGCUUUGUCCCACUUCAAAGGGUUUGAUAAAAAGGAUGAACAGCGCCUCCACAACCAUCUUAUCAACUUCAUCAAGACCUUGUUUGGACCCAAACUCUUCCCUAGAGGGGAAACCCCUACCCUGAAGAAGUGCUGGGACCAAGGCAGGAACGUCAUAGUUUCGUAUGACUGGCAGGCAAAACGUCCCCUCGAGAUCUGGACUGAAAUAAUUUAUUACUACGGUAAUAGUAUUGAUCCAACAAAAGUUGAAUCCAAUCUUCGUCAGCAGUUGGAAAAAGAAAGGCCCUCUCGACACUUCUUUGUCUGUGGCUUGAACCUGACACUGCCCAGGGAUGCCAAGAUACUCAAGUACAUCCUUCGACUUUGUGACAACUUUCCCAACGUCAUACGGAGGAGUCUGCCUCGCCUGCUGCGGUGGGUGAAAGAGCAGGCGGGCAGGACACCCAUGAACAUCGUCGCCUCAGACCUGGCGACUCGGGGCGACUUCAUCUCCACGGUCGUCGAGCUCAAUAUUUCGAAACGCGCCUGAGAGCGCAGAGGGAACAUAUCUGGUUUUGUUUGUUGUUUUAG